UCAGCCAAUUAUUUAAUUUCACUGGUUUAUUCAAUUAUCUAUAUAAAUUUGAUCUUAAAAUUAACACCCGCUAAAAAGUAAAACAUAUUUGGAAUAAUGGUAAGAGUCUCUCUUAGUAUAACCAUUCUUCAAUAAAAGUAUCAGUGAAGACCGCAAGUUAGACGCGUGACGUCAUCAGAGCGACGGGAUGAGGGUGCCUGAGAAGGCGCUGUGCCUGGCGCUGCUGUGCCUCACGGCCGCAACGGCGCAGUCGCCUGCUGCUGAUUGGGCGUGCGCGACAACGUUUGGGAACAGUGCCGGCACCAGUCAUAGGUGCCCGGGCUCGUGCACGACAUGGCGGAACCAGUCCUACUCCGAGGCAUACGGCGGGGGAUCAGACGUUACAGGCACUUUAAUUUAUGACGGGAGCUCCCCGGUGUGUCUGGCCGCCCUCCACGCCGGCGUCUUGCGGGCCGGGGAGGACAAGGAGGUCUCCUUCACAUCUGCGACGGCCACCGACAGCUUCGUGGGCACAAUCCGUAAUCGCGUUGUGUCGAAAUACAAGAAUAUACAACCAAAUCAACAAUCGUUCAGUUUCAGUGAAAUAUCCUUCCCAACGAUCACAGAAACAAAGCUAACAGGCACAGCCGUCAUCAUGGUACACAACAACAACCAUCAGUCAUGCCCGUACAUUUACCGAUCAUACAACAAACCAAAAGUAAGCUACUGCGAUCAGACGUCGGUAUCCUUAACCGUGGCUUGCAUUCCGGCCUCGAGUGGCACGCAGUUGCCGUUUCCGUAUUUCACUCGCUGGGACUACAAGAGCUUCACGGCAAGUCCCAUAACCGUGGAGAUCACGACAAGCUCUGACUACCUGACCGCAACCAGCAAUGCUAUUUUCAACUCUCGAGUGCUGAGGUGCCUCAGCGACCAGCCUGAGAGCGACGUCACCAGCAUAUUUGGCAGAGUGGGAGCUACCUACACGCCCCCGCUAUCAACGGUGACGAAGAGUGUGGGUGAAGACAUAACCUUUGUGUCCGUGCCUCGAGGAGUGACAAUAAACCGACUCCCUACGGUUAACGGUGCAAUAACGUCGUCCUUAGGGCACCUGACGAUUGAAGACGCGGGCCUCUACAGUUUUACUGGCGGGAAAGACAGCACUGACCAGUCUUAUGUGCGACUCAUCGUGAGAAGUUGCCCGAAGCAUCGCUUUGGCAUGGACUGUGCCCAGUGGUGCCCGGACUGCCUCAACUCUGGGGAAUGUCAUCCCCGCUCUGGGGAAUGCGUGUGCGCUCCCGGCACAUAUGGGGACCGCUGCCAAUACUACUGCCCUAGAGACCGAUAUGGUGAAGGUUGCAGGAGGGACUGCUCUGCACAGCACCUGCGCUGGUCAUCCACGCCGUCUUGCGCUGGGCUCACCUUCUGCAUCCACGACCCGAAGGGCUGCUCCUGCUUGCCUGGAUACCUGGCGCCCAACUGCGACUCUGAGUGUCCCCCUGGGCGCUACGGCCCCGACUGCGCGCUGUCCUGCCGCUACUGCAAGGACGGCGUCUGCGAUGCCGGCGACGGCAGAUGCACGCACGGCUGCCUGGUCCCUGCGCUCUGCGAUGCAAGUAGCCGCCCUCUGAACUUGCCGCGGUUCAGGGCCCCAGCCGAGCUCAGCUGCAGCAACACCGCCUGCGCCGUGGCGCUGCGGGCCUGGUCGCCCCGCGACGACGAAGGGACGCUGGAGCCUGGCAACUAUGUUACGGGGUAUCGCCUGCAGGUCAAGAGUUUAAGCAGUUCAGAUGCCGAGUGGAAAACUCCUGAAAUGUCUACUCACUCUACAGAGUUUAAGUUCAACUUCGUCCCCGGCUGGUGGUACGCCGUGAGGGUUUUGGUCGACACCUCGAGAGGCUCGGCAGACACCGACUACAACCUCGACAUCCGGCAAACUGAGGUGCAGAUUGCCUGCCUUACUGAAGCAACCUACGGAAAACUUAACCUUUUCGAGGAGGAGGUAACAAUGAACCGCAUCGUUGUUGGUGGGGUAAAUUCGGCCGCAUGCGAUGAACUUUCGAUUAAUUUCUCCGUCAAAGAAGCCUCAACACAGGCGACUGUCAGGCAGCAGGGCAGGCAUGGACACCAGCUUUGGGCUGACGACCUCACGCCCAACACCACCUACGUCUUCUCUGUGAACUCCGCCUCACUGAGCGUCACGACUCUGCCUCGCGCCUUACCCAAACCUUACAAAGACUUCCCAGGAAACACGUCAGGGGGCGCUAUCGUGAUCUCACUAAGAGACAGAACCAACGUCUUUGAAAGGACAAGGAGAGUAGGCUGCAGCGACAAAGAACACGAAAAUGUUCGACAGUCUCUAAGUCUGUACGAGCCCCGCGUGCUGCUGACGCAGCUGGAGGCGUACACGGAGUACGAGGUUUGCGUGCUCGCCUUCAACAGAGGCGGGAGCAGUGAGACGUGCGGGGCGAUGCUCACCCUGCCUAACAGCGCUCCGACCUUGCCAGUUACUCAACUGAAAUGCCUGUCUGACGGAUGUUCCGUUCACGUCGGUGACGGCUGUUCACAAUACAACGGACCCAACCUGACACUCGUGUGGACGUUUUCUGGAGCCCCGGCCUGCAACGCUUCUGCCCGACAUUCGCUGCGUUUUGAAAAUAAAUUAUCUUACUUUGGUACUUUCAACUCCAGAAACCUAAAUCUUCUGCCCGGUAUAACUUAUAACUUGAGCGUGUUUGUCAAGAACGACUAUGGGGAGGGUCAGCCAGUGCACGCCACAUACGCCAGCCCGAAUGAAAAAGUUCCCGGGCCGGUGGAAGAGUUGACCUCAACUGCAACGCCCACUUCCGUCAGCCUGCGCUGGAGAAGACCUUGUCCCCCCAAGGCCCCCAUCCUCGGUUACCGCGUCACUGUCGGGCGUAACUAUCAGUUCUACUCUGAGUCGGAGUGUCCCGGUAACGCAGCUUACUUCUGCCUCACCUUCACAGCAUUGAAUCCUGAUCAGACGUACAAAUUUGAGGUAAAGAGCUGCUCAGACAGCUCAUAUUAUGCAGCUUGUUCUGCAGCGGAGCCGAUAAGCGUCAAGACACAAGAAACAGCUCCUGAACCACCAACGAUGACGCAAACGAGAAGGCCGAAGGGCUUGAACAUUUCGUUUACGUCGUCUGGGGCGAAUACAAAACAAUGUUUUAUCGAAACUUUUCACGGCGGCAACCUCAUAUCUAACAAUACUUACGACAUCAUCGGCAACGGGCAGCAGAUCAACACAUCGUUCUGUGUACGACUUCUCGUCGUGGUGCUGCAACCACGUCGGCUGUUCACUGCGAACCAACGCCUCAGAAGCAACCGAGUUCGAGGCUCCGGUGGUGAACCGUCAUGA